AUGCUCAGCACAUUUACUGUUAUUCUUCUUACACUCCUUGUCGCAUUAAUAUUCCUUGCAUUUAAAUAUCAUGUUUUUACCCCAAUCAGUGUUAAAAUUGAACACAUAGCUCCUGUAAAGAUUGUUUACACAACAUUCAUUGGCCCAUACAAAGAAGCAUGGAAACCUUCAAUGCAAUUAUUUAACGAAAAGCUUCCAGAUGAUUUUAAGCCACAUUGCCCAGGAGCUACAAAAUAUAUUGGUAUUUAUUAUGAUGAUCCAAAGAUUACAAAACCAGAAGACUGCAGAAGUGUCAUUGGAUUUGUUGUUGAUGAUGACUUCAAGCUCAAAGACGAUGCAAAUGGUAAGAUGCAUGUUGAUACAAUUGAAAUUGGCGAAGCAGCAUGCGUUCACUUCCCAUUUUACUCAAUGCUUGAUGUUAUAGUUGGUGUUAUGAGAUGCUAUCCAUUAAUUGGAAAAUGGUUUAAUGAAAAUCAUAAAUCUAAUAUUCCAAAGGCCUUUCUUGAAUUCUAUGGCUUUUUACCAGAUACAAUUUCCAUUACUGGACCAAUUGGACCACGUGUCGGUCUUCUUGGUGAAUUUCCAAAGCACGAAUAA